AUGGCGCAGCGAUAUUCGCCGAAGCGGGUGGAGGAUGCGCUGGAAUUGCGUCGGCCCGAAAAGACGGGAUGUUUGCAGGGGAGGAAGUUCUUCCAAGUACUCCUCUCCGCCCACGCAGUUUCUCACGCAGCCCACGCCGUGGCGGCGCUUCUACUCUUUCUAUCCUGGAAAGCCAUUUCCAUCGAGUGCUCCCAAGUGGUCCAAUUUAUCGCAAAACUACACGUAAUCCUGGCCGCCAUCUACACGAUGAUCGCCACCGGGAAAUUAGCGACGCUGUUGGCCAGCUACUUUGGGCAAGCGGCCAGCGUGCGGAUGAUGAGCGUAAUUUGCGCGUUACUAUCCGCAAAGAUAUAUGUAAUGGCGAUGCUGGCGGAAGCUGUUUUGGAACUAGCCACUUUUGCUCAUGUUUGCAAGUUUUCCGACGAAAUUUAUAAGCACCUCUGGCUCUCGCGCAUCUUUUUCGGCGUCUCCUUGAUGAUCAACGGGAUUUUCCUAGCUGUUUCGCUAUAUUAUCAUCCGGAUACCGAAAAUAAGGGGCAU